AUGCAAGGCUAUACACAUUCAGGGCCUGUUGAUUGUAAUAAGCCCUUCGAUGUCGGAAAUAUCAAGGGAAAGACUGCAAUUGUAACUGGUGGUGCCAAUGGCAUAGGAGAGGCUUACGUUCGCGCUCUGGUUGCCGCAGGAGCGAGGGUCUGCAUCGGCGACCUUGACGUGGAAAGAGGAAGCAAACUAGCACAGGAACUCCAUGGUACCAAAUUCAUUAGUUGCGACAUAACCCAGUGGAACGAUCAAGUCCAUCUUUUUCGAGAGGCAGUCACUUUUUCUCAAUCAGGGAAUAUUUCCUAUGUCGUAGCUAAUGCGGGGGUUUUUCGCCAAGACGAGGUUUUUUCGUAUUCUGGCGACAAUCAGGAACCGGAAGAGCCCAGCCUGGCCCUCAUUGACGUGAACAUCAAAGGUGCUUUAUAUACCGCCAAAUUAGCCGCACAUUAUUUUAUUCGACAAAACGGUCAACAAAUUUCCCCCAAGCAAGAGGAUACUUGUUUGGUGUUGAUUGGCUCAGGUGCAGCUUUUCUGGACUGUCCACGGGCUCCUCAAUACUGUGCAAGCAAGUGGGCCAUGCGGGGAAUCAUGCACUCAUUGAGAAGAACCGCUUCCUUCUACGGUAGUCGGGUGAACAUCAUCUCUCCAUGGUACGUCAAGACGAACAUCCUAUCCGAUGAUGUGUUCGCACAUGUUUCAAAAGUCGGAGUAGAGUUUGCGCAGGCGGAAGACGCAGGUCAAUGUCUGCUGAGGAUUCUCAGCGAUGUGAGCAUCAAUGGGCAUUCGUUGUUUGUCUCGGGACGGAAAUGGGCUCCCAAUAUCGGAUACAUGGAUCUAGAUCUGGAAGAUUAUCCAGCCAAUGCGCUGAUCCAGGAGAUCCAAGAGGAUCAAAUGAAAUCAGCGCCCGUUUCCCUGGGGUUGUUUGUGUAA